AUGUCGAACUCGAAACAGCGAUCCAUGGAUGCGCCUGCGAAGAUGAAAGUGAUGGAUACGGCUACAGGCGAGAAGCAAGCUGACAGCCUCAAGAUCGCCAAUGCUAUCCGCCCGGCUAUUGAAAACCGGCUGGACGAGCUGCGGGAUGACAAGGACCGGUGCAUAUGCUCCGUCGAUGGCACAAAGGCGAAUGGAGACGAUGUGAGUCGACGACCCGACUACAACUACGAACUCCUCAAAGUCUACGUGGUGAACCUGACAAGCGGGGUCUUCAAUGCAAAGCAGCUGUUGCCCUGCUUGGCUCACAGAGUCCACAUCCCAGUCGCGGUUCUUUAUCUGAGCUGUGUCUACGGGUUUUGGACGGGCCAAGAGCUCAAACAGCGUGGACGGAAGGGCGAAAUCAAGGCUGGUCGAGAAUGGGCGGUUGUGCAGGGCUCGAAUGUGCGAAAACUGGCUGCAUAUGUGAUGACGGCCCUGCAGCGUACUCCUUAUGCAAGGACAGAAGAAAUGAUGGUUCUCAAGACCCUGCACCAGAGGAUCAACCGCACGGUAGUGCCGGAGCGACCCAACCGCAGGAGCACCAGGGCUGCGAUCGAGGAUGAGGGUCAAGAGUCGCAGUCGUCGUCUACGACGUCGUGCUCUGCCGGAUCGACGAUCGACCUGCUCGACUCGGACGACGAUGGCGAAUGCGCCGUGGACGACGAUCGCGAGAUGGCUCCGGACGACGACCACGAAGUGGCUUCGAGAGACGAUCGCGAGAUGGCCGGCUACAAUCGCGAGGUGGCCUUUCGAAAUUAUCACAUAUGCAUGCACGAAAACAUGUACAUACCAUGCCUAUUGACAGAAUCUCCCUAUAAAACACUUUAA